AUGAACAGAUCAUCUCAAUUCUACAGGUUGCCUAGCAAAAAACUGGUAUUCUUGAGCGAAUUGAGUAAAUCACCAAGACUAUCGUCAAUUUGGCAGUCUGUUGAUUCAAAAUGCAUGAAUGCAACCAAGACCUUACCUAUUGUCAUACAAACCAAACAAGAAGUUUUCAACCAGGUAGUCCAGAGCAACCCAGAAAAACAAGGUGUUUCCUUGAAGAUCAAACAACUUAUAGCAUAUGGAAAGACAAUUAUUAAUUUUUAUAAAUUAGGAAUCAAAAAUGUAUGGCAGAAUCAGACUAUAUUGAAGAAGCUAAAGCAAGACUUUUAUUUGACUAGUGUCACUCCAUCAGGACAAGAAACAAAGAUCAAAAUUCCCUCCUUUAGAAAAUUAACUGAAGAAAUGAGUCAAAGAAUAUACAUGGACAAAGUAGAAUCAGAAACUUUGGAGAAAAUGACUAAAGGUGAUAUUAAAAGAUCCAAUAAUGUGAAAACUCAUUCUAUUUUCAAUUUAACAAGAGAACAAUUUCAGCUUUACAAACGUACACCAAAUGACUAUUACAAAAUACCAUUAUUUGCACUAAUGUGCUUGAUAUUUGAAGAGUUCACUCCAAUUUUAUGCUACAUGAUCCCGGAAAUAACGCCAUCUACUUGUAUAUUACCCAAUAUUCUUCCUCGAGUCUGGAAUCCACAGGCAAUUGGUAAAAUGAAAUCACUCAAUCGAAAGCUAGAUGAGAAUAGUAUGAUUGAAAUAUCUUUGAAAACAAGUUAUAAUUUGGAUAUAGAACAUGUUCGGUUACUAUCUCAAUCAUUGCGUUUAGUAUCUCGGUACAUACCUCCACGAUUUUAUCCUGACGAAUAUUUACGUGAUAAACUACAAGAUUAUUACAAUUACAUAGUUAUUGACAACUUUUAUUUGUCGGGCUUGAACGGAGAUGGUAAUAUGUGGAAUCUUAAUGACCAAGAGCUAGUAUUGGCUUGUUUAGAAAGAAACCUUAUUCAAAAUAUUGUCUAUGACACAAAAUUGUUUAAUCAAAUAUCGGAUCCUAUCCAAAAACGAAUGUUUCAGGACAAGUAUAUGGGUAAAUUAAGGGUUAAACUAUUCCAGUAUUUGGUGGAUUUUGAGAAUUUUAACAUUGGAUACGUCGCUGUGAAUCACGUCAUUCCCAGAGAAGAAGAAGUUAAUGUGAUUACAUGGAGGUAA